ACCAGCGCUGUUGAACAAGCUUAUUAUUAGGAGUUGGCUGUUCAUUUUCCCGGGUAGGUUGGCUACGAUUGCCCAGUGUCAUACAGUCACACACAGUCGCACAGUCAGGAUCUAAUGCAUUGGGCACCAGGCAUCGCCACUGGAGCAACUUGGGGUUAAAUGCCUUGCUUGAGGGCACCACAUUGGGUGACUUGUGAGACAUUUCCAAAGGCAUCACUACAGAGAUCCAAGGUGUGGUGUCUGAAACAGAUUGUGAGCAGCCUCUUCCUGCCUUAUCAAGCUGUGCUCACUGUUCCUGGGAAAACAUCAGACGGUGGUUGGACUCCAGAAGAGCAAGAGCCUUCUGCUUAUACUGAUAUGGCUGCUGCAAUUUGGAAGCCCAAAUCACUGGACGUGGGCUUAUGGAUCUUCCUCCUGCUCCUCAACCUCCUUCCUGAAGCCAGGGCAGUUGUUGGACACAGAGAGCCGUUGCCCGAUGAUAGUAAAGACAAUAUCACCAUUUUCACCCGAAUCCUAGACAGGCUGCUGGAUGGAUAUGACAACAGGCUACGUCCUGGGCUGGGAGAGAGCGUGACAGAAGUCAGAACAAACAUCUACGUGACGAGUUUUGGGCCAGUGUCAGAUACAGACAUGGAGUACACCAUCGAUGUCUUCUUCCGCCAGAGUUGGAGGGAUGAGAGGCUGAAGUUUGACGGGCCCAUGCAAGUUUUACCCCUCAACAACCUCCUGGCUAGUAAGAUCUGGACUCCAGAUACCUUUUUCCACAAUGGAAAGAAAUCGGUGGCCCACAACAUGACGACUCCUAACAAACUGCUGCGACUAGUUGACAAUGGCACGCUUCUCUACACAAUGAGGUUGACCAUUCAUGCUGAGUGCCCCAUGCACCUGGAGGAUUUCCCGAUGGAUGCACACGCCUGUCCUCUGAAAUUUGGAAGUUGUGUACAAAGCAGGGAUGAGGAACACAAGGGAUUGGACCCAAAUACAGACACCAGGGAAGAGCAGAUGCUUACACCAAUAACGAGGUGAUCUACCUGUGGACCCAGGGAGACGAGAGAUCCGUUGCUGUUGCAGAGGAUGGCUCCAGGCUGAACCAGUAUGACUUACUGGGACACGUUAUUGGCAAAGAAACCAUCAGUUCCAGCACAGGAGAAUAUGUAGUGAUGACAACAUAUUUCCAUUUGAAAAGGAAAAUUGGCUAUUUUGUGAUUCAAACCUACCUCCCCUGCAUCAUGACUGUCAUACUGUCUCAAGUCUCCUUCUGGCUAAACAGAGAAUCAG